AGGACAGAGGAGGCUCUCUUGUGUCCACAAUGCAUUGGAACGAUUCUUCCAACUCCUCAGACAGCGCCAGCGAAGCUCAUGCGGCCUUUACGCAGACUGAGCACAACAUAGUUGCAGCUUACUUAAUAACAGCAGGAGUGAUAAGCAUUUUCAGUAACAUUGUUGUGUUGGGCAUCUUUGUUAAGUACAAAGAGCUUCGGACAGCAACCAAUGCAAUUAUCAUCAACUUGGCUUUUACUGACAUUGGCGUUAGUGGCAUUGGCUACCCCAUGUCAGCUGCCUCGGACCUGCAUGGAAGCUGGAAAUUUGGAUAUACUGGAUGCCAGAUCUAUGCUGCCUUAAAUAUCUUUUUUGGGAUGGCUAGUAUUGGUUUGCUCACUGUGGUUGCAGUUGACCGUUACCUGACAAUCUGCAGGCCUGAUAUAGGAAGAAGAAUGACUACUCGCAAUUAUGCUUCUCUGAUCCUUGCUGCUUGGAUAAAUGCGGUCUUUUGGGCUUCCAUGCCUACUGUAGGCUGGGCUAGCUACGCUCCUGAUCCGACUGGAGCAACGUGCACAGUAAAUUGGAGGAAGAAUGAUGUGUCCUUUGUUUCCUACACAAUGAGUGUAAUUGCUGUUAAUUUUGUUGUACCCUUAACAGUCAUGUUUUACUGUUAUUACAAUGUUUCCCGGACUAUGAAACAAUAUGCCACCAGUAACUGCCUGGAGAGCAUCAACAUAGAUUGGUCUGACCAAGUAGAUGUGACAAAGAUGUCUGUUGUGAUGAUUUUAAUGUUCUUGGUGGCAUGGUCUCCAUAUUCUAUUGUGUGUUUAUGGUCAUCCUUUGGGGACCCAAAGAAAAUUUCUCCUGCAAUGGCCAUCAUAGCUCCUCUGUUUGCAAAAUCUUCCACUUUCUAUAAUCCUUGCAUUUAUGUUGUUGCAAACAAAAAGUUUCGGAGGGCAAUCCUUGCCAUGGUGCGAUGUCAGACAAGACAGGAGAUAACUAUAAACAAUGCCUUGCCCAUGAGUGUGUCUCAAAGUGCAUUGACAUCCUAGGACUCACGUCAUUUCCCUCAUAAGUUGUCUAGAAAGGAGUGAAAUCUGGGUUAAAGUACAUUAGUCUUUUUGAAGAUCACAAAAUCAUAGAAUUGUUCUGGUUGGAAAAGACCUUUUAGUGCAUUUAGACCAAGCAUUGACCUAACACCACCAUGGCCAUUAAUCCAUGUCCCAAAGUGCCAUGUCUACAUGCUUUUUGAACACCUCCAGAGACAGUGACUCCACCACCUCUCCAAGCAGCCUGUUCCGUGAGUCUUUUGGAAUAACAAUCUGCCUCAACCAGCCAGAUGUUUUUUUUUUCCUCAAUCCCAAUAAUCCUUUCAGAUAGGUUAAGAAAAGAAAAAGACAAAACUCAUUAAGACUUUAAUUUUUGAAAGCAAGAGUUAUUGGUCCAGUAUGUCUGUCCCAAAUAAAAAAGGCGAGUAGAGUGAUCACUGUCACUCUUAUAGGACUGGACAAGGUGACACAGGGCCAGGGAGAAAGUGAAGGAGGAAGUGCUUAGGUUUAGUAACAUAGAUUAUUUUUUUUUUUACACCUGUAAUUUCUUUUAUUAAUUACUUUCCCCCAUCUUCCCCUGAAACCUUUUCCAGACUUGAAAUAUUCUGAAUUUCCCCUGUGUAAAUAUAUUUCUAUAUCAAGUGCCCAGGUUGAUAUGCUUUGCAGAAUUUUGUUUGCUGUGAGUAUGUUAUCAAAAUAUCUACCUACAUAUUUGUAUAUCCUAUAGAACCUGUUACCAGCUUUUAGGAUUUUGAAGGAGUUUCAGGGUAUUUUAAAAGUUUUAGGUCACACAACCAAAUGGGAUCCUGGGGUGCAUUAAGAAGAGUGUAUCCAGCAGAUCGAGGGAGGUUCUUCUCUGCCUCUACUCUGCCCUGGUGAGACCCCAUCUUGACUACUGCAUUCAGUUUUGGGCUUCCCAGUUUAAGAAGGACAGGGAUCUGCUGAAAAAGGCCCAAUGGAGGGCUGAGAGGAUGAUGACUGGAGCACUGGCUGAUGAGGAGAGGCUGAGGGACCUGGGACUUUUUAGUCUGGAGAAGAGAAGACUGAGAGGGGAAUUAAUAAAUGUUUCUAAGUAUCUGAGGACUGCGUGUUGGGGGAGGGGAAUCAGGCUCUGCUCAUUUGCUCCCUUUGAUAGGUCAAGGAGCAAUGAAUGCAAGUUGCAGCACAGGAGGUUCCACCUCAACACAAGGGGGAACUUCUUUCCCAUAAGGGUCCCAGAGCACUGGCACAGACUCCCCAGAGAGCUUGUGGAGUCUCCUUCUCUGGAGACUUUCAAGGCCUGUCUGGAUGCGUUCCCCAGUGACCUGAGCUAGGUUGUGUGGUCCUGCUCUGGCAGGGAGGUUGGACUCGGAUGAUCUCUUUGGGUCCCUUCAAACCCCUAAUAUCUGGUUUUCCUGUGAAUUUGGAGGAAAGGCAGCUCUUCUUUUAGCAGUAGUACAUUCCUAGUGUUUGUGACUGCACAGCAAAUCCUGAAAAUGAGACUAAAAGCACCCUAAAGCUCGACACCAGGGAGUCACAGAAACCUAUGUAAACAUUUAGGGUCAUUUGCCAUCACUUCUAAGCCAGUCUCAUGGUUCUAUAGAUCUGUAGCCUUAUUUUUUUACAAAUACCUUUGGUGAUGUGAGCAAUGUAUUUAUUCAGGCUGGAAGAGAGGACUGUAUAUAUCUAUUUAUGAAUGGUAGCACAUGCACUGCUGAUGCUUCUCAGAUUUUGAGAAUAAAUAUCUUCUAUUGUUGUGUGUGCAUUCAUCCCAAGCUUGGCUUUGCAGUGUCUAACUUAUUUUAAAUACAUGUGGGGUUUUUGUUUGGUGUUUGUUGUUUUGUUUGGGUUAGUUUUUGGUAAAAGCUUGGUUUUGCAGGAUUAUUUUUUUAACUCUGGCAUCUAGGCUUCCUUUUAAUUUGUAAUUUUUAGUGUUAAAGCAACUUCAGCCUGUACUAGAUUUCCUUCAAGAACCUUGAAAGGCUUUAUGAACAAUAACCAAUGGAUUGUCCUUUAGAGGGAACAAAGAGAUAUUUUAUUGCAUGCUAACUCUGCAAGCUACAUAUUUAAAUGGCCUUGAAACAUGGUGGAUAUGACUUGGAACAGAGCACGUUCUUCUGACAGAAUAAAGGUUGAGCUGGUUGAACUGAUCCCUUUCAGGAUACACUUGAAGGUUAAGCAACUACAGAUCUCAGCUAAUCUGUUGUAAUCUGCUGUUACUAAAUGGAUGUCUGUGUUCACAUUGGCAGCACACUGCGCAUAGUGUGCCUAGGAAUAAAGUUUUCACAUUUUUUUCACCUCA